AUGGAACCCAAAGUCGAGCUCACACGUAUGCCUCAACAGACUGCAGUGAGAUGUGCAGACGAUGAUUGGACUGGAACAGUUGAUUCAGCAACGAGAAGGAAGUUACAAAACCGUUUGAACCAGAGGAUAUACCGCCAAAGACAUCGAGCCGCAUCGAAAUAUCUUGCGGAUUCCGCUAACCAAUCCAUGAAUGGAACCCCCCAAGGACGUUCAGUCAUCACAAAUUCCAUCAAUACAUGUGCUACAGAGCCAUUAUCGAUAACAAACCCUAACCAGAAUCAUCUCAGUCAUUUCACAUUACCCAACAUCACCGCAUACAGUUCAUCAGCAGGUUUAAACGUAAAACGAUGGACGACAGGUCGUAUCUCGGGACGACAAGGCUUUGCUCAACUCCGCUUUACGAUGGCCGAAUUUGAAGAAGAAGCUCGUAAAAAUUAUUACAUGGGCUCUCCGCGAUCAGAUCAACUUCUCACCCUUAUUCAAUUCAAUGUUCUCCGAGCAUUGAUGCAAAACACACAAACAAUGGGUUGGAAUCUGGACUGGCUGGACUGCACGGUUGACCCUCUAUCACCAUGGCUUAAUCUUUCCUCACAACCUAUCCCAGGAGCUCAUUGUCCUCAAGCAUUAUGUCCAACACCGACUCAGCGCACAAUUCCGCAUCAUCCAUGGAUAGAUCUUUGGCCAAUCCCACAAAUGCGUGAUACUUUAUUGCUGCAUGAUGGAAAUUAUGACGAAGACAAAUUGUGCAAUGAUCUGCUCGAGUUUGGAGGCCUCAUGAACGAACAAACGGGCCUUAUUGUUUGGGGUGAACCGUGGGACAUAUGGGGAUGGGAGGUCAGCGAGACAUUCUUGAGGAAUUGGGGAUGGACAGUCAAAGGGUGUGAGGAUUUAUUGGCUUCAACAAAUGCUUGGAGGGCGAAAAGAGGAGAGGAAGCUAUUGUUUUCGAGGUCUGA